AAACCUAAAUAAAUUUCAAUGAAUAUUCACUCACUCUUUAUUUAUUAACACCACCACACAACAACACUUGUGGCAUUUACCGGCAGCCUUGUUUAGUUUUGAUGGAGAUUGAAACUCCAACUAAUGUUACUAUUAAAGGGAUACUGGGGUUGUUGAUGGCAAAUGUUGGUGAUGAUGACAAGAAAAAGCGAUUGAUUUCGCUUGGGAUGGGUGAUCCCACCGCCUUUUCUUGUUUUACGACUACUUCGGUUGCUGAAGAUGCGGUUGUUGAGAUGCUUACUUCCCAUAAGUUUAAUGGGUAUUCGCCUACUGUUGGUCUUCCGCAAACUAGAAGCGCAAUCUGUGAAUAUUUGUCAACUAAUCUCCCAUACAAGCUAUCUCCGGACGACGUGUACAUAACAGCAGGGUGCACACAAGCUAUAGAAGUUGCUAUAUCAAUUCUAGCCUCACCAAAUGCAAACAUCUUGGUUCCAAGACCAGGAUUCCCCAUCUAUGAACUUUGUGCAGCUUUUAGAAACGUUGAAAUACGCCAUUUUGACCUUCUACCCGAGAAUGGUUGGGAGGUUGACCUUGAUGCCGUUGAUGCAUUGGCUGAUCAGAAUACCGUAGCUAUUGUAAUUAUAAACCCCGGGAAUCCAUGUGGAAAUGUAUAUAGUUAUAACCACUUAAAGAAGAUUGCUGAAACUGCCAAGAAGCAUAAGAUUGUUGUUAUAGCAGAUGAAGUGUAUGGUCAUUUAGCGUUUGGAGCAAACCCAUUUGUGCCAAUGGGUGUUUUUGGGUCCAUGGUGCCUGUUCUUACACUCGGGUCUUUGUCAAAAAGAUGGAUAGUGCCAGGUUGGCGACUCGGGUGGUUUGUCAUGACUGACCCUAAUGCCAUUUUCAAAAAUGCAAAGACCGUUGAGCGCCUCAAGAAGUAUUUUGAUAUUUGUGGAGGUCCAGCAACAUUUAUACAGGCAGCAGUACCUCGAAUUCUAAAGGAAACAAGUGAAGCGUUCUUCACGAGAACUUUGAACAUACUGAAACACACAUCAGAUCUUUGUGUGAACAAAAUAAAAGAUAUUCCUUGCUUAACGUGUCCGACAAAACCUCAAGGAUCCAUGGCCAUGAUGGUGAAGCUAAGCAUUCCACUACUAAAAGAUAUCAAAGACGACAUCGAUUUCUGUUUCAAGCUAGCUAAAGAAGAAUCCGUGAUCCUUCUUCCAGGACGUACAGUGGGACUAAAGAAUUGGGUGAGGAUAACUUUUGCCGCAGAACCAUCUUCUCUUGAAGAAGCACUUGAAAGAGUAAAGUCCUUUUACCAUAGGCAUUCUUAUGAACAAAAUGGUUCAGUUGAUCCAUGAUUGAAGAAGUAGGCACUUUACCCACAAAUAUAUUUAUAGUUUUAGCUUCUGAAAUAAUUAUAUAGAUGUUUGUAAUCUUGUAUUGAAUUUAUAAAUUAAAAAAAUAAACAGUUGAUUUAUA